AUGAAACUGUGCAAAGAGAUGGUCGAGGCGAUGGGCGGGCAGGAGAGCCCGCACUACGCGCGCUUCAAGUCGUACUGCUGCGAGGCGUACAACAUCCUGCGCAAGAACGCUAACCUGAUUCUUAACCUGCUGCACCUCAUGGCCGGGGCCAACAUACCGGACAUCGCAAACGACCCAGAAAAAGGGGUUCUGAAGUUACAAGAGAAGUUCCGGCUCGACUUGGACGACGAAGAGGCUGUCCAGUACUUCCAGACGUUGAUAAACGACAGUGUAAGCGCGCUCUUUCCACAGAUGGUGGAGACGAUCCAUCGAUGGGCACAAUACUGGCGAUAG